AUGCCACCUACUGGUCACAUUGACCUACAGGAUAAUGUCGACGCUGAAGCUCCACCGCUCAAAAUCACCACCUCUACCCCACAUACCGGCAGAAGUAUAAACGACGAUAACAGGAGCAUCAACAGGAACGCAAAAGAACAAGAUGAGGUUCAUUGCUCCUUCCACAUCUCGAGAACAAUCUGUUGUGCAAUCGGUACCGCCACUUUGGUUAUCAUAGCAGUCGUGGUUGUGGUCAUUGCUAUUCUCGCUUCCAAUAGUGACAGCGGUGCUUCCUUGGCGCCUACGAGUGCCAAUAUUGCCAAGCCAAUCCCUGAAGCAACGAUGGCCCCUUCUGUAUCAACCCCUCUAUCAAUGAAUCUCACUUUCACUGUUCCAAAUCCAACAACGCUUCAACCCUCCUCCAGUCCCAGUCUACCACCAACUGAUCAAGCUGCCGUGAUACAAGACACAGUGAUGCUAUUCGGUAGAGUCUACAAUGUUACCACCACAUCAAGAAUAGGACAAAGCAACACCAGUUUAACUGGAAGCAUUCCCACAGAGAUAGGAUUGUUGACCAUGCUGACUGGCUUGUUGCUGAACGAGCAUAGCCUGAGUGGAAGCAUCCCAUCUGAGUUUGGACUACUGACUCGAUUGAUUUACUUGAGUUUGUACCAGAGCAACCUGGGUGGAAGCAUUCCAACAGAGGUGGGGUUGAUGACUGCCCUGACUGGCUUGUGGUUGAGUGACAACAACAUUGAUGGUAACAUUCCAUCAGAGCUUCAAUCAUUGACUAGAUUGACAACCCUCAGCUCAAACAAAAACCAGUUCAGCGGAAGCAUUCCAUUGGGGAUUGGUCUGUUGACCAGGUUGGCUUUUUUGGACUGUUCGCAGAACAAGUUGAGCGGAAGCAUCCCAACAGAGAUCGGAUUUUUGACACGAUUGACUCGCUUGACUUUGUAUGACAACAUUUUGAGAGGAGAAAUUCCUUAA